AUGGUGUAUCAAUAUACUAUAAAAGCUCCAAAAGAUAUUAAAUCAGUUCAAAUUACUGGUACUUUUGAUAAUUGGUCAAAAUCAUUACCUGAAAUUACAACAGAACCAUUUGAACAAACAAUUACAAUUGGAUCCAAAGAAGAUAUUAUUUUUAAAUUUAUAAUUGAUGGUAAUUGGACUACUUUAGAUUUAUAUGAUACUAUAACUGAUCAUGAAGGUAAUUUAAAUAAUAUUAUAAAAUCUGAUGAUUUAAUUUUAGUUGAAGAAGAAGAAGAACCAACAGAAAACAAUGAUGAUGAAUUUGUUGAUAAUCAAACUUUUACUACAACCGAUAAUGAAGAUGUACUUUCAGCACCAGUUGUUAUCAAUGAUGGUGAAGAAUCAAAAGAACCAACUAAAUCUCCUGAUUUAAAACAUCAACAAAAACAAACACCACCAAUUCAAACUACAACAAAUCAAACUAGUUCAGCAGUUUCUUCAUUUGCUGCAGUAUCUUCACCACCUUCUUCAUCAGAUUAUGAACAUAUUGAUUCAAAAAUUAGUAAUGAAGAAUCUACGACUAAUAAUAAUAAUAAUACAAACUUAAAAGAUACUUCAAAAAUUAAAAAAGAUGAACCAAAACCAAUUCCAAAACCUGAUAAACCAACAUUACAAUCACAACCAUCAGAUUCAACUUUAGGUUUAAAUAACGCAUCAAAUCAAUCAAAUAAUAAUACAUCAUCAUCUAAUGCAACAACAGGUUAUAAUAAAUCUACAUCAACUACUGAACAAACAAAUCAUAAAAUUCCUGGAUCUUUUGAUCAAUCUAAAUCUAAUGAAAGACCAACUACUGAAAGACAAGAAAGUGGUCUUAUUUCAAAAUUAAAAAGAUUGUUUAGAUAG